AGGGCCAUCUUUGCCACCGCAACUCGUACAGUAUUCGCGUUCAUUCUUCACUCACUACAAUCCAUUCUUAAUUUUCCAUAAACUCACUGGAUAUUUUUUUCUCUUGUCAUACUGAACAUAGGACACUUCCUGCCGAGAAAGACUUUCGGAUAUGGGUAUUUCGGGCCUCUUGCCGCUACUCAAGCCGAUUCAAGUUCAGCGCCAUCUAUCCGAGUACGCUGGGCAAACUAUCGCCGUGGACGCAUAUGUUUGGCUGCAUAGAGGCACAUAUGCAUGCGCAGCAGACUUAGCUACGGGCAAAAAUACUACCAAGUGAGUUUUCAGUCCCCUGGUUCGGUUGAGACUUGGGAUUUGUGCAACGAGAGUACAUGCUCCCAAUGGACAUGGUUUUUGGCUAUAAGUCCACCAUUCAGUGGUACGCUGUAUGGAACUUAUGUCUGCCGAGGCUGAGCUCAAUUUCAGCCUCCGGAUGGAAGACAGUAAUUCCACUGUGUAGAGGUUGAUCCUUGUUAGUAGGCCACUGGUGACCAGUAGAGUCUAAACAAUGCUUUAUAGACUGUCUUUGAUGGGGUUUGCUUUGAUGAUGUUGAAGGAGCCCACUCGCUACCAAGCUGGACGCAGCACCAGCCUAUCGCAGGCAUUUGCACGAUAUAUCGUUGGCUCUGUCUAGCGCUCUAUACAGACUUGAAGACGUUAUAGACGCUUAUCAAAGCCUUCGCACGCCAAUCUUCUUUUAUCCAUUCAGCUUUAUUCUGACAGUAUCAGUUCUAAUUGCUGUGUCAUAGAUAUGUCGACUAUGCGAUGCAUCGGGUUCGACUGUUGCGUCACCACAACAUCACACCAUACAUCGUGUUCGACGGUGGCCCGUUGCCAGCGAAGAAAGGAACCGAAUCCGAACGCAAGCAAAGGCGAGACGAGAAUCUCGACCGCGCAAACUCGUUAGCUGCCCAAGGGAAACACACCCAAGCGCGAGAGUUCUACGUCAAAUGUAUAGAUGUUACGCCCCAAAUGGCCUAUCAACUUAUCAAGGCUUUGAGGGCUGAGUCAGUCCCGUACGUCGUAGCUCCGUAUGAAGCAGAUGCACAAUUGGCCUACUUAGAACGUAUAGGGCUCGUGGACGGCAUUCUGACUGAAGAUUCCGACUUGUUGGUCUUUGGAUGCAAGACCGUUCUACUGAAACUAGACGCAGUCGAGGCCAUGGUUACUUCCAUUUCUCGGGUUGACUUUGCUUCACUCGGAGCGACAACUGUCGGUGGCUUUUCUCUGUUAGGAUGGUCGGAUGUACAGUUCCGAGCUAUGGCUAUUCUCAGCGGUUGCGACUACCUCCCAAGUAUUUCCGGUGUUGGUCUCAAGACGGCGUGGGCAUUGCUCAAAAAACACAGAACUAUAGAGAACGCUGUGCGCGCGUUGAGGCUGGAAGGCAAGAAGGAUGUACCGAAGGGAUACCUCGAGGCUUUCAGGCUUGCCGAGAAUGUUUUUCUUCACCAGAGAGUGUAUGACCCAACGCAAGAGCAACUGGUCUACCUGACCGAUGUGCCGGAUGGUGAAGACUGGGAUGAAGCAAAGGAGGCGCACGUGGGCAGAUAUAUCGAACCGUCAUUGGCCAAACGAAUCGCAGAAGGGGACGCAUGUCCAAUUACGUUGCUGCCCAUGGAAGACAUAAAUCCGACAUUUGUCCCUCGCGCACUCAAGCCCAUACCUAUGAACAUUCUCCUAUCAUCGAAAUCAGAUGCAAAGGGGAAGGGUAAAGCCAAGGCGCUCUUUUCCGAAAAGGCAAAUAGCACAGGUAUUCUUAACUUCUUUCGUGAGUCAGCAGCGAAGUCUAGAGCUGCAGUCACUGCGAAAAGCGCAUCUCAGCCGGUUCCAAGGCUUGGUACUGGCUCAUCUGAGAAGUCCAGGAUUGUUGCCGGUCGUGCUAGUGGGAAGCGUACACUUGCGGAAGUAUUGGACCACGAUUUGGCGGCAAAGAGGAAGAAGCGAGAGGAGACUGAACGACCCGCUACUCCGGCGCGCUAUACUCCUACCGAUACGCCCUCUCGAUUCUUUGGGGUUGCAUCAUCCUCAACAAUGAAGCUACCUGCAGGCAUCGAGUUAGAACGGACUGCAGGCCCAUCUCGCCCGAGGCUGUCCGAGGGUAAUAAGGAGAAUAUUACAUCUAUUGACGAAGAUGAAGUUGACGAGUUCUCCUGCGAGGAAGAAGCCGAUCCUGUGAUGCAAGAGGACGGAUAUAUUUCUCCAUCUCCUUCUCUGUCACGCUUCGACACGCCUGAACUUUCGUCACCUCUUCGGCCUGGAACAUCCUCAUCUAAACUCAGUGUAGAUGAUAUGGAGGAUGAUGGUUUUGGAGCAGAUAUUCUCUCCAGUCCUCCGUCUAUCAGAUCGAAACCUCCAGCGUUUCGUAAGGGCAGGAAUACACGUGCACCUACUCCUGUCGACCAACAACAUGCAGGCAGAGUACUGGUUUGCUCUACGCCCACAAAGUCAGGAAAAGUCAAGACGGAUAUGGUACCUGGACCUGAUCUUCAAGAUAUCUUUAGUGACUGGAACGAUGUCGGUGACCAUUUCGACAAUUCCGCCGAUAUUUCCGUGGCCAGUGAGGCAUCUUCUCAUGGGCCUAACACGCCUGAAGACUCACGAAUCCUUCGUGAAAUUCAAGUUGCUGAAGCCCUCGAUGAGAUAUUGUCGGACGAUGAGGAUAAUUCCGAGUUGAGGGCUCGUCAGCAAAGGAUAGUUGAUGGCUGGCGUAAACAGUAUGCGUCGCGACCAAGGAAGUUCCCGGCCUACGGAGCACCUCGGCGGCGAGAAACCACGAUCACACCAGAAGGACGUCAGAGAUUAAAGAAUUCGCUGGCACCGAAGACUGCGUCGACUGCGAAACAUUCUCCAAGGCAGAAACCUCCUAUAACCCGAACCACCGCUUUCGUAAAUCUAGAGGGGAAUCCAGGUAACGUCCAAAGUACACGGCACGCAAUCCGCGUGGAGGGGAUUUUGCCGAGCGCCAGGAGUAAAUUGGAAGGCUUCAGGUACGCGGCGGCGUAAUCGUUCCGUAGCCGCAAGAAUCCGACCCAGCAGGCGAGCAAGCUGUGAUCGAACACCUCGUCAUUUCCGCGUCUCGUGUCUAUCGUGUAUCGUGUAUCGCAUAUCUCGCAUUGUAUCAUCAUACUAAUUGGAGUCUUCGUCAUUGAAAUGUUGACGUUGUUCGCACUUCCCAGGAAACAACGAUAGAUUCGAUGUGCGACUGCUGACGCUUGCCGAGCACAAGAUUCUGACGCCUGGUGUGAGCGCGGUUGCUGCAUGCCUUGGUUGCGAAAUAAUCGAUUGUUCCAGGAUCGGGUCGCGGAGUCCGAUUGAAGACAAGUCCUCCACAACAGCCGAAAAUAGAAACAACCAGUUGAACACG